AUGUGUGGUGCCCCAAUGGUGUAUCGUCCACGACCGAGGAAUGGCAAGUCUGUAAACCCACCGGUCCACCCCCACUCGUGCGCGCCUCCGCCGUAUCCUCCGCCCGAUAUCAUAGUCCAACAGGAAUCGGCCAACACUAAGAUGGAGUACAUCGAUAGAGAAGUGGAGGUGCCGGUGACCAAGGUGGUUCAUAAGGUAAUUGACAUUCCAGUACCGCAGAAAAUGGUUAGUAAGCCUGUGCUGAAGACUGUGCAGAAGUUCGUUGAAGUGCCACAGAUAGAGUAUGUUGACAAGUACGUGGACGUCCCUGUUAAGAAGUACGUUGAAGUCGUGAAGGAGGUUAAAGUACCUCAGGUCGUGAAGAAGUAUGUGGAGAAAGUCGUUGAAUAUACUCCGCCGAGCUCUUCGAGGACUCCUUCUGAGGGCGCCAAGAGCAACGAUUACGAAGGCUCGGUGGCUGCUGGCUGA